GUCUCCUCAUUCCUGGGAUGUGAUUGGCCCAUCCCCAGGAAGAUUAAGAUUUGUGAAGGAAUCCCUGAAUUGUUCCUGAAAGCACAGAAUCCCUCCAUAUACUUGUAGUAGUAGCUCCUGCCCUAACUUCAGUGUCAAUGUCACAAUCUGGGAAAGGAGAAGAGAGGGACUUAGCUCCUAACCUAAUCCAAUCCUGGGGAUAGGGGCAGAACCUUAACACCCCGGUCCUUAUGUUCUGUAGGAAAUAGAAUCUGAAUGGGAAGCAUCACAUCUCCCCUGGAACAUCACCAACAAGUGGUCCUCCAUUGGCAGGGGGUUCACUACCUCCUGGGACUCAUCAUUUCAAUUCUGACAAUUCUUACUGGGGCAAAAGGCCAGAUGAUGCAGUGGCUUGAGAGCUGGCCUCUGACCCAAGGCCUAGAUUCUACUGACACAACUUAAACUUCCUGACGUUGUGGCCUGGUCCCUUAAGCUCUCAGUGGUCCAGGCAACUCAGAAAGAGAAGGGCAUUGUUAGAGAGUGCCCUGUACCAUUGAAAUGACAGGCCCAGCUCCUAUCAUCGCUUCCUUAUUAUUGGGAACCUUCCUCUAGUUCCCAGUUCUUCCCACUGAGGCCAGACUGAACAUGUCCAAUCCUUACUCUUCAGUAUGACAGCCCUUCAAGUCCUCAAAGAUAGCUGUCACUUUCCUCCCAAGUCUUCUCCAGGUUAAACAUGUCCUUCAAUCAGUUUCCUCCCCAUGGCAUGCUUCCCUGGUCAGUGCCCUCACUGCCCACCCGCUUGUCAAUAUCCUCCCAAAAUAGGAGACCCUGAACUGAACCCAAGGCCUGAUGGGGUCUGAUCAGCUCUCAGCAGUGGACCUUAGGAAUCAGAGGGGCAGACUAGAGGCCUGAACUGAGCAGCAGCUAGCUUCCUGUCGGGAAGCCUUGAGGCCCAAAUGGGUUGGAAGCAGAAUCCCCUCUGCACCUUCAUUAUGUCUGGUCCAGGACCAAUAGCAUUCUACCCCAGGACAUACCCGUAAGGAGUUCAAUCAACUAAGGAUCUAUCAAACAAUUAGGCCCCGUGAAGACUAUAGAAACUAGUUCCUUGCUCCCUUAGAGGCCUUUCAGCCUAGUUUGGGCCAACAGGCCACGAGAAAGUAUGCAAUUAAGAGCCAAAUUAAUGUCUACAUGCAGUUGUUGCCUUUAGGCAUUCAGAAGGAGGACAUGAUCAUCUGGGAAGGUUGUGGAGUAGAAAGCUGGGUCUUGAAGGAUACACAGAAUUCAUAGACAGGAAAGGAGACUGUGUUCUGGGUUAGUAGGGGUGAAGGACAGGACAUUCAAGAUACCAGUGAGAGCAAAAUGUGGGAGGCAGGAAAAUAGGAGCCGUGCUUCCAGGACAUGGUGAAGCUGGUUUGACUGGUGCAGAGCCUGGAAAAGCAGGUUAGAGCUAGCGAUGAAGGACUCAAAUCUAUUUAAAUUGUCAGUCCAGUUGAAAAUGUAAUCCUCUUACUUGAGUGACCUUAAGUAAAUCACUUCAUUUCUCUGCUACAGUUCCCUCAUGCAGAAAUGGAGGGAUUGGACCAUAUGACCUUUUAGAUUUCCUGCAGUAAGUUCUAAGAUCCUCAGAAUGAGCUGCCUUGAAGCAGUAAGCUCCCCGUCACCAGAAAUGUUUGAGCAGAAACCAAAUGUCCUAGGGUGGUUGUGGAGCCAAUGUGUGCUCUGGGCCCCUUUGUCCCUAAAAUGGGAUGGCUAACAAGGAGCCAUCGACAAGGAAGUGCCUGACCAGACAUGUUUAAAAAGGAUUAAUUAGCUUUCCAGUGUGUACAGGAGGGAUUGGAGGAGAGGCUAGAGGCAGGGAGAAAGUGAGGUAGCUGUUGAAAGAAGCCAGAUGCAAGGUGAUCUGCACCUUAACUAGGGAGAGAGCCAUAGGAAUGCAAGGAAGCCCAGGUUGCAAUGUGAGAAAGGACAUUAGCACGUUUCAGCUUGUUUGAAGGAGAACAACCAUCAUGGUGCAAGGCCUGAAGACGAGCCCAGCAGAAGAUUGAUUAAAGGCACUUGGGCUGCUUAGUCUGGAGAAGAUGAACAGUCAGAGAUGGGCUUCCUGUCUUCAAGGAUUGGAUUCGUGCUGUUUGUGCUAGGGGGUUAGGGAGAAGUUAAGGAGAAGCAGAUGAGGGUUCAAUAGGAAAUAUAAGAGCCAUCCACUAGCUGACACAGGAGGUCUUCAAGGGGAGGUUUAGUGACCACUUGUUGAUAUCCUAGUUCCUGUUAAGUCAUUAUAGGCCAAACGAUGACCUCCAAAGACCCUUCUCUUAACCCCAAUGUUCUGUGAGUCAGGAAAAGGAAGGAGUGGAAUUGCUGUCCACUCAUACAAGCUGGGCAAGAAGUGGAUGAGAAACAGGAAUAGGCAACAUCUAGGCUGUAGACAUGUUUGAGAUGGCGUCUGUGUGGGAAGAUGAGGGACAGAGUGUAUAAGCCAGGGAGAAAUCAGGGGCACAAUCUAUGAGAGCCCAAGGACUAGACUGGGUAGAUAGGAGGAAGCCAUUGGAAGGAGGUGGGUUUGUCUUUUUAGGAAGUGGUUUUUAAAAACAUUUUUAAGUGCUCCAAAAAGCAACAGUCCAUGGUUCUAUGCUUUUUCUUAGAUAAUGAGAGAUUUAGAUAAAAAUAAAGAUAAAUGAUUUUCUUAGAUAAUUACCCUGGGCUAGGAUAAGGGAAAGAGUGGAGAGGGUCCCCUUCCAUUGGCCUGGAUCUCUAUCCAAGGACUUUGGUGGGAGCAGUGGAAUGAGUCUUUUUUUUCCUCUUUAAAGUUUUAUUUAUUUAAUUGAUUAAUUUAGAAUAUUUCCCAUGGUUACAUGAUUCGUGUUCUUUCCCUCCCCCAUCCUGUAGCCAAAGAGUAAUUCCACUGGGUUUUACAUGUAUCAUUGAUCCAGAUCUGUUUAGUGGAAUGAGUCAUUCAGCUGUGGGCAGGAGAAGCCAGGGUCCCUCCACCUGGGCACAAAGAGACAGGGACCCUCUACAAUAUUUGCCGUGCCUGGAGGGCUGCAUAAAAACCCAACAUCUUGAGCUGGACCGGUUCAUAAAGGUCACUUGGUCCAUCCAAGUUUAUCCAUGGAAGGGACAGGUUUCUGAAAGGUAAGUGAUGUAGAAGGGAUGCAUUUAGAGAUAAAUGGGGCCAUCCAAUCCGAGCCCCUGAUUUUGCAAAUGAGGAAAUGGGUCCAGAGAGGGGAACGUAACCUGUUGAAGGCCACCCAGGCAGGAAAGAGCUGAAUGGGAUUCACACUCGAGUCCUUGGACUCCUCCAGUCACAGAAUGUCAGGGUUGGCAGGGACCUGGGGGGCCCUCUGUGCCGUCCCAUAGCAGCGGAGGAAAGAUGCCCUGAACAAUGUACACCGGCCUAGAAAAGCCCGAUUCUGGAAGAACUCCAAGGACCACCUCCAUAUAGCUUCUAGUCUGUCCAAGCAAAGGGAUAAUAACAUUUUUGCUUUGGGUCGACUGAUCUUUCCAGGAUUAGAGAACUCCGGAGAGGGAAAAGCCACCCCAACUGUUUUCAUUCGCCUCAUCGGCCCGCCUGCGACAGGGAAUGACGUCAGUGGGGCCUUCCAGAAGGGCACGUACCGUGUCAGGUGGUGAGGUGAGGGUUACCCAGUACCCGCCGAGAUAAGAGGUUAUCUGAGCCCCUGGAGGUGGAGGCCGCGCCGAGUCAAGGCUAGUCCCUGAGAGAGAGCGGGCGUCUUCGGGGCGGCCUCUCGUGGCCACAACGGGGACUGCACACAGGUUGAGUCAGCUUUAGACCUCAGUUGCUCCUCUCUGUGGCGGAUCUGGCUAACCUGCCUGCCCUGGCCAGCACAACGGAGGAAUCGAGGUCUCCUUAGCACAGAGCUACCCAUCCCGGAUCCCAACAGGGACAAGCUGCCCACGGGCAGCCUGCACAUGGCUACCAACGGAUGUCACUGAGUGUGCCGAGGACGUCCGAAGGAUCCCUCUACCACAGGGGGUGCUGGGGGCGCUCAGCCCUGCCAUCCCAUGGCGUAUGAAGUGGAGGCAGAAACGCUUCUGGAUCUCAGCUUCCUUACUGAGGAGGAGCGGGAUGCUAUUGCCAGUGUCCUGAGCAGGGAUGCCCGUCUGCGCCAGCUGGAGGAGGGAAGGGUCAGCAAGCUUCGAGCAUCACUGGUGGACCCUGGGCAGCUGAAGACCCUGACAGGUGACUGGUUCAGAGAUGCCCGCUCCCAGCGGCACCGCCAUGCCCGCCUGGGCUCUGACCUUGUUCGAGCCUCCAUCCGCCGGAAGAAGAGGUCCAGGGGUGAGCCAGAGCUGGGGAGUGAAGGCGAACCUGAGGAGGAGGAGGUGGGCUCCAGUCUCAGGCUCUCCUUAGAGGUGCCCACCCCAGAGCGGGUCAGGGAAGCUGAGCCCUCCCCUUCUCUGUCCUUCCAGGCUCCAGCCCCAACUCCAACUAAAGAAGAGCCCAGCUCCCAGGCCCAGGCAGUUCCAGGUACAGACCCCAACUCCGGGGUAGAGGGCUGGGAAAAAGAGAAGGUGGUGGUAGAAGAGAAGAAAGAGGCAAAGAAGGAGGAAUCAGAGGAGGAGGAGGAGGAGACUAGAGCCCAAGAGGUCCAGGAACCGGAGCCGGAGCCGGAGCUGGGGCCAGAGCCUGAGCUGGGGUGGAAGAGGACAGGGAAGAGGAAGGAGGAACCCAACCCACCCCUAGUCCAGGGUGAGCUUGGGCUCCAAAGAUUGGAGAAUGGGGAGGAGGAGCAGCCCUUAGGUUCCCCAAAGGGGGGCUUUGCUCCCCCCUUCAACCGCAUGCUGAGUAAUAGCUCCUCAGUGUCCAGCCUCAGCUCCUCCACGCUGAGUGGCAGUCAGCUGAGCCUGUACAGCGAGGGCGAGGCGGGAGCGGUGCCUGUGCGCGGCUCCAUCCAGUUUUCGCUGCUCUAUCAGCCGGUCCCCGGGGAGCUGCGGGUGCAGGUGAUUCAGUGCCAGGGGCUGGCCCCCGCCCGGAAACGCCGCUCGGACCCCUACGUGAAAAGCUACCUCCUCCCGGACAAGUCCCCGCAAAGCAAGCGUAAGACCGCAGUGAAAAAACGCAACCUGAACCCAGUGUUCAACGAAACUCUGCGGUACUCCGUGGAGCAGGAGGAUCUAGGCGGCCGCGUGCUUCACCUCUCCGUGUGGCACCACGAGAGCCUCGGCCGCAACCUCUUCCUGGGCGAGGUAGAGGUGCCCUUGAGCACGUGGGACUGGGCUUCCGAGUCCGCCUGGCUGCCCCUGCAGUCCCGGACCCCGCCUUCCCCCGACGGGCUCCCGAGCCGGGGGCAGCUCUCUUUGGCCCUCAAAUUCAUCCCCACCGGCGCUGAAGGUGCGGGGCUCCCUCCCAGUGGAGAGCUGCACUUCUGGGUGAAGGAUGCACAGAACGUCGUCCCCUUCCGCCCUGGGCCCCUGGAUUGCUACAUCCAAUGCUCGGUGCUGCCCGAUGACAGUCGGGCCAGCCGCCAGAGGACGCGGGUCGUGCGGCGGAGCUCGAGUCCAGUCUUCAAUCACACCAUGGUCUAUGACGGCUUCGAGUCCUCUGACCUGCACCAGGCCUGUGCUGAGCUGACCCUGUGGGACUACGGCACCCUGGGCAGUCGCCUGCUGGGGGGCACUCGCCUCAGCCUGGGCACCGGCAGCAGCUAUGGGCUUCAGGUGCCAUGGAUGGACUCCACCCCUGAGGAGCAGCACCUGUGGCAGAUGCUCUUGGCCCGGCCCUGUGAAUGGGUGGAUGGGCUUCUGCCCCUCAGGACCAAUCUCACACCCAGGACGUAGCUGGGCCAGCCCCUGCCAAGUGCUGGGACAGGAGGAGAAGUGGACAAUAAAGUCACUACCACAGGCUAAAA